GUAAAGAAUUGAUUCCUAAAAUUAACUAUCGUUAUGAAGUAUAUCGCUGUGUUAGCAUUGAUUAUUUAUCUCAAGUAGUAUCCUCGAUAGUGCCACGUGAUUUAUUCAUGCGAUAUUUCACAAAAAGGAAAUGAAAAAACAGAAUAACGUUUGAGUGAGGGUUAUUUUGGCAUUAUCCUGAGUGAUGAAGCUCAAAUUAAAAUGACGUAAACAAACAACACGGUAGAGCCGCGUAGGUAUCUGACGAUAGUUAACCUCAAGUGUUUGAAGCUUAAUAACUGCUUAUUUCGUCGGCGGAAAAAUGGCCCCUGUGAAAAAAAUAGAUUUAGACAAACUGGCCUGGUCUUGGGUAGAGAAUAUAUCUGUCGAUCAAAUACAAGAUGUGCACAUGAAUGCUGCUUAUAGAAUUGGCCUGAAGAACUGUAAAAACUGCAAGAGAAAUUGCACUAAUAAUCCCCAAUGUUUAACUGGAAUGGGUGAAGAAAAAUAUAUAAAAUCACAGCCUGCUGAAAUAGCACCACUCGAAAGUUCGCUAUCUGAGCUGCGUGAUCCGACACAGUAUGUUGGUUUGAAGAAUUUGGGUGCCACUUGCUAUGUUAAUAGCUUAAUUCAAGUUUGGUUUCACAAUGAAGAUAUGAGGCGUGUGAUAUACAAAUGGAAAUUAACUGAAGAUCCUGAGGAGAGCGAGAACUUAGUAACUGCGAAAAAGAAUGCACAACCUUAUCACCCUAUAACAGCAGUUGGUCAACUGCAGUAUCUAUUCGCAAUGCUGCAGUUUGGUAACAGAAAAUCAUUAGAUCCAACGAAUCUCGCGAUCGCGUUGUCUUUGGAUACCAGAACGCAACAAGACGCCCAAGAGUUUUCUAAACUUCUUCUUUGCCAUAUUGAAAGAAAACUCCAACAAAACAUUGUACUGACACAUACCCUACAGAAGCUUAGCCAAGGCAAAUACAGUUAUGUCAAUUGCUGUACAACUUGCAAGACGGAAUAUUCCACGCCUACUACCUUCUACGAGCUUGAUUUGCAGUUAGCCGCAACUUUAAAAGAGGCUUUGGAAACGUACCUUAUGGUCGAGCAGUUAACCGGUGCCAACAAAUACCUCUGUGCUACAUGCGAUGAGAAAAAAGAUGCUAAAAGAUUUAUCAGACUUGAUUCUUUACCGGACACAUUGAACAUUCAGUUGCUACGCUUUGUUUUUGAUCGGGAUUCUCGACAAAAGCGUAAAUUGACCUCAUUUAUUCAAUUUCCGGAGGACUUGGACAUGUCAGAGUACUUGAAAAGUUCACCCCAAACUCACCUAUACAAUCUAGUCGCUGUGCUAAGUCAUAAAGGCGCUUCAGCGCAUUCUGGCCAUUAUAUAGCAAAUAUUUGCAGUUCUAACGGGGAAUGGUAUCAGUUCAGUGACGAUAAGGUCGAAAAAAUGCAGAACAAACGUAUUGAAGAUGGUCUAAAUGAUACGCCAAAAACUAUAAAGCGUUCCCGCAUACCGAAGGGAUUUUUAUCAUCAAACACAGCCUACAUGUUGGUUUAUAAAAGGGUAAACGAUACAAAUAAAGUCAGUAAUUCGAAAAAAAUUAAAUUGAAAAAGUCGGAACCUGACGCGAAUAGCGUACAAUUAGAUGAACAUACAAAUCACUCUAAUCAAGCUGAAGCUUCAGCCGACGAGAACAUGCUUGAGAAUCGCACAUUUCAUCAGAAAAGCAUAAAAUCGGAGAUCGCGCAAGCAGAAUCCACAUCGCCGAGCUUGAACGACAACCCGCAGGACUCUGUUUCAAAUAUGGAUGAACACGCAGAAAAACCCGCCAAUGAAAUCAAAAAUCAAAAAAUAGUAACAAGACUGUUAUCUAGUGAGUACCAGCAAUUGAAUGGCGAUGCUCACAGAGCCAUGAGCUGUGGAGAUCGUGAUUUCUAUGAAGAGAUGGAAUUUGAAAGAUGGGAAGUUAGUGAUACCGUUCGACAAUUAGUCAAACAAGAAAACGUCAAACACGAGUUGAGCUUGCUUGCUGUCCAGCAGGAGAAGCAAAAGGAUAUAGAGGAUCAAAACGAGAAGCGACAGCUCGUCAUCGAAUUUUUCAACAUAGUUUCAAACGCUACCGAAUCUGGGGACUACCAAUGGAUUCCUUCCGAUUGGUUGUCGAAGUGGCUUAAUGGUCCGUGGUCGUCAAACGGAGUACCACCUAUUGAUAACUCCGUUUUACUAUGCCCCCAUUACAACCUAGACCCGCUGCGCAUCAAUCGAGCGAAAUAUAUUCCUCGAGAUGCUGCAGACUUGCUCUACAAUAAAUAUCGCGGUGGUCCACGACUCGACGAUAAUUCAUAUUGCAAACCUUGCGUCGAACACAAGUGUAAGAUGAUGCGGUUCAAAAUGGCACUUGAAAAAGAUCAGAAAGAAGUCGCUGAACUAAUGCGAAACUCAAAGGAGCCGACAGAAACUAGUUAUAUCGUUGGUGCCGAUUCUUUGAGAUCUUGGCGUCGCCUAGCAAUGGAAAAAUUCACAGAAGACAUGGAGAAUGAAAAGGCAGCAUCUGACAACAACGAGCAGCCAGGAGAAGAUGCUGGUAGUCCUAAGGAGAUGGAGGAAAAUGAGAAGAUAAUCAAUUUCAACGAAGAUUUGCAAUGUGAACACAACUCCCUCAAAACACCGGAUGCGAGUAGGAAGCUUGUACCACAGGAAGUGUGGGUUGUUCUCGAAAAAUAUUUUCCUACCGCCCAGAAAUAUCCGAUCACCACCUCACCUUGCUCUGUGUGCGUGGAACGAAUGGAGAACGCGCAGAAGGCAAAAGAGGACGACAAAAUUAAAGCAAAAAAUCAAAAAGACGAGUUGGCAGAUUUUUACUACGGCAAAAACAGAAAUGAGAUCCUGAGGUGCGAAGAUCCUGAAAAGAUAUUCUACGCAGUGGAAAAGGGAUUCAUCGAUAGCUGGCGCUCUUUUAUUCGGUACGCGGAAAUCUAUCCGAGGACGCCACCGCAGGGGAUACAAAAUUCCGUAUUACUUUGCGAACCGCAUAAGGGGCUACUUUAUCAUCCGAACGGCAUAAACGAACAAUUUACCGUCGUCACCGCCGAAGAGUGGACGAAAUUGACGCAACAUUAUCAAGUGGACAACGUUAUCACUCUGAAGAAAAAAGGCGAUCAGAUAUUGUCCAUCCCCGAUCCCUGCGCAGUGUGUAUGUUAGCGAGGGUGGAGCAGGAGCGUUUGGAAAGUUUGAAGUACGAAAGGGCGUCGAUUUACGUGAAAUGGGUAGACGAGAGCGAGGACGGGAAAACAGAAGAUGAUUCCGAGAUUUCUGCUAAAAGACCAAAGAUCCAAUCUCAAGUGCGACCGUCAAGGACGCGAAGAAAAAUCAAAGGGUCACACGAGCUGAAAGUCUCAUCCGAAGUCACGCUGAUGGAAUUGAAGAUACGGAUUAUGCAGAUUUGCGGCGCCGGUCCUUACGAUCAACAUCUGAUGCUCGGUGAACACGAAUUGACGGAACACGACCAGAGCCUCGCGUCUCACGGAAUUUAUCCGGGGGCCCUUUUGACAUUGAAGACGGACACUCCGAUCGACAGUGAAGCGGACGUAGAAGCAGCGGUGACAAACCAUCAACACUCAUCCCCCGAAAAAGGCUUCAAGGGGACGGAGUUGGUUCCGAGUUGAUCUGGAUAGCUGGAUUCCGAUUGCUAUGAGAAUGUUAAUUUUUACCAUUCCACAUCGCAAUUAUCUAUAUAACUUUUACCAACUACGUAUUGAACAUUACUUUACUAUUACCCUAUCGUUAACUAUAUAUAUUUUUAUACAUGAUCUAGAUCUUAUCUAUUUUAUAAUCGCUAUCUCGCAACUGUAUAGGUAUGUAAAGCAACGGGAAGAGAUACAGAGAACAGAAUCACGCAUCACCAACAACGAAAAUCAAUGUAUAAUAUGUAUGUACAUUAAUUAUAUCUCUUUUUUCAUUUUUUUAACGAUUUUUUUUUUUUUUUUUUUUUUUUUCUUUUCUCAUUUCGCUUAAUUUCAUUUCAUUAUUGUCGAAACGCUGAUUGAAACGUAUACGUAUGUAAAUACAAUUUAUUUCAUACGUAUAUCGUUUGCUUAUCAUUAAUAUUAAUAUUAUUAUUUGUACAUUAUAAUUUCAUUUUCGAGAUAUACUUCAAAGUUAUUGCUGUUCCUUGGAACGAUUAUAUUUUUUUUUUUUUUUUUACAUAAAUAUAUGAACAUCCGUGUAUUCGAUACAUUGACAAAAACCAAUAGGGGUGGAGAAAAGGGGAAUAGAGAAAAAAAAAGGGGAAAAUUAACUUCAAACCCUUGUAAAUAAAUAAAAACGCAUAUAUAUAUAUUGGGAAAUGUACUAAAUAAUUCGCGAUUAUUAAAAUCAACGUAUACAUAUAUUACAAAAGUGAUGAAAGAAGUAACGGCAGAAUAAUUAAAAAAAAAAAAAAUAGUAAUAUAAUAU